UUAAUUAGUUGCCAAAUAAUAUGUAAUAAAAUCCGUUCAUACUGAUACUAUGAUUCUUUCGUCACUUCUUUAAUUUUAUUUCUUUUUCUUAAUUAUCCUCUACUGUCUUCACACACUCUUCCUCUCUCUUCUUGACAUACCUCUCUGUCUCGCUGUCUCUCUAUCGGAUCAAUCGCCUCCGUCUGAUGAACUGACCAGCAUUUCAUCCAUCAGUUCAAAUGACUCCUCUUUAGGUUUCGCCGCCGGUCAAAUCUCUCUACGGUUCGUUUCUCAAUCCGGGUUAGGGUUUGUUGCUGUUAUUUGAAUUGACUGAUGUUGAGGAAAAUCAUGAAAGGAGGGCAUCGGAAGCCCUCUAAAUCAGACGAUAAUGAUUUCGGGUUCGGGCCACCACCGAACUCCGGGUCUGGUCCCGCAAACAAUGUGGUGGUUAACCAUUCGUCCCGGGCUGCUCCUGGCCCUCCAAGCCCACGCUAUGGGCCUACAGUCAUUACUCCGCCGCCAAUGAACUCGGUGGAACCUCUCCCUUUCUUCCGGGAUGUGCCGGUUUCUGAACGUCCGAACCUGUUCUUACGGAAACUCCAGCUAUGCUGCUUCCAUUUUGACUUUACGGAUACCGUAAAAUCGAUGCGAGAGAAGGAAAUCAAGAGGCAAACUUUAUUGGAGCUUGUGGAUUUUAUUCAAUCGGGUUCGGGAAAGAUUACUGAGAAUUGUCAAGAGGAAAUGAUAAAAAUGGUUUCAGUGAAUAUAUUCCGGUGCUUGCCUCCGCAUGAAAAUACAGGGCAAGAACCCACUGAUCCUGAAGAGGAGGAGCCUUAUUUGGAACCAUCUUGGCCUCAUUUGCAGCUUGUUUAUGAGCUUCUUUUAAGAUAUGUUGUGAUGUCCGAUACAGACACCAAGGUUGCCAAGAGGUAUGUUGAUCAUUCGUUUGUGUUGAAGUUGCUUGAUUUGUUUGAUUCUGAGGAUCCGCGAGAGAGGGAGUAUUUGAAGACUAUUCUUCAUAGGAUUUAUGGCAAGUUUAUGGUGCAUCGUCCUUUUAUUAGGAAGGCUAUAAAUAAUAUUUUCUAUCGGUUUAUCUACGAGACGGAGAGGCACAGUGGGAUUGGGGAACUGUUGGAGAUUCUAGGGAGUAUUAUAAAUGGGUUUGCGCUGCCAAUGAAAGAGGAACAUAAGUUGUUCCUUGUAAGGGCGCUUAUACCAUUGCAUAAACCAAAGCAAAUAUCUGUGUACCACCACCAGCUGUCAUAUUGCAUCAUUCAAUUUGUUGAAAAGGAUUACAAGCUGGCUGAUACGGUUAUUAGGGGUUUCUUGAAGUAUUGGCCAGUGACUAAUUGUCAAAAGGAAGUUCUCUUCCUUGGAGAACUUGAAGAAGUGCUGGAGGCAACACAGUCUGCAGAGUUUCAGCGUUGUAUGGUCCCUCUUUUCAGACAGAUUGCACGUUGCCUUACCAGCUCCCAUUUUCAGGUUGCUGAACGAGCUCUUUUUUUGUGGAAUAAUGAGCACAUAGUGGAUUUAAUUGCCCAGAAUCGAACUGUCGUAUUACCAAUUAUAUUUGAGGCUUUGGAAAAGAAUAUCCAGAGUCACUGGAACCAGGCAGUUCAUGGACUAUCUGUUAAUAUUCGGAAAAUGUUCUUAGACAUGGAUACGGAGUUAUUUGAAGUGUGUCAGAGGCAGUAUGCAGAGAAAGAGUCUAGGGCCAGAGAUGUGGAAGAGCAGCGAGAAUUGACAUGGAAGAGACUGGCUGAUGUGGCAGCACAGAGAGGGGGGGAGGAUAUGAUCACUGUUUAACUGAUUUCUCUGGGUCAGACGGUCAUGGUCCAUGCGAAAAAUGGAUGGAUGGCAGGCGAGGGAAGUGUUCGAGGAUAUUAUUCUUUUUCUAAUUUUUUUUUUCCAUAUUUUUUUUCAUCUCGAUCCAAUCAUUAAAAAUGUCAGAAAAAUCAGCCAUAGUUGUAAUUUAAAAUGUAUGGAAUUUGUUAGCAAUAUGCUGCGCGCAUGAAGAAUGAUUUGUGAUCU